AUGCCAAGUCAAGAAGAUACAGCUACAGUUCGAGCUGUAUGCGUUCUUAGAGGUGGCGAAAACAACACUGUUCAAGGUGUAGUACAUUUUGCUCAAAUAAUUGGUAUGAAUCAAAUGAAAAUCACAGGUGAUAUACAAGGUCUUCCGAUUGAUCGUAAAUUUACUAUUCAUGUUCAUGAAUUUGGCGAUUUGACAAAUGGCCCUCUAUCCACUGGUGUUCGUUUCAAUCCAGAAAAACAAGUUUCUAGUUCAUCGAAAGAUCAAGCAUUUUAUGUUGCUGAAGAAUUUGGUAGUUUACAGGUCAAUCAAGAAGGUCAAGCUAAAAUUGAUGUUGUUGAUAAACGCUUAACUUUAUUUGGUCCUUCGUCUAUUAUUGGUCGAUCAGUAGUAAUCAUUGACGAAAAAGAAGAAGAUUUACCACGAGUUGAAAAUGAAGAAAAUAAAGGAUCAAAUACAAUUCCUAUUACUCGAUUUGCUGCUGGUGUAAUUGGUAUUUGUCAAUGA